UCGGUAAAAACAGCAAGGGAAGUUCCAGCCCAUGUUUGGAAAUGUUUACUCUGUGGCGCUGUCUGUCAAGCUGAAACCUCUACGUUGUGCUCUUGGGACUAGCUAGUGCACCGUUAGGUGUCCAUUGGAAUUUAAUCUCGAGGGAGAUCAUUAUACUAACUAUGGCACAAGCGAAAAUCCACCAGGCUAAAAUGAUUGAAGCCGCUAAUGGCAAAUUCAGCAGAUCAAUGUCUAUGGCAGAUCGCUCCGGACGACUUCUUGAAAGUUUGGACCAGCUGGAAAUAAGGGUGGAGGCUUUACGCGAGGCCGCAACUUCAAUGGAACAGGAGAGAGAGUGCUUACUUGAUAUGAUCCAGUCCAUAAAGAAUAGUGAAGAAAUGCGCAGUAUUUGUGACGGAGAGAGAGAGGAACUAUCUUUAACUGCGAACCGUCUUCUGGGUAGGACGCUGACAGUUGAAAUAUCAGUGGAAAUCAUUAGAAACUCCACACAGGAGGAUGCGCUACGCAAGGCUACCUCUUUGAUUGAUGAGCUUGCUGCAAAGUUGCUUGACGACAUGGAUGGGGCCAGAAAGGGCCUGAUGGCACUGCACGCUGCCUGUGUGACCGAGGCACCACCGGUUCCUAUCGAUACAAAAUUCCAGACGAUCGUCAUCACCUGCGCCCUGGAAGAUCAGAAAAAAAUCAAGAGGAGGCUGGAAACUCUGAUAAGGAAUGUGGAUAAUGCUGAGAAGAAUAUCAAGAUAAUGGAUCAUCAGAAAGUGGAUGACUUAAACAGUGCCAAUGGCAAAUGAAGUUACUCAUACUGAUUCAACCCCCCUAAUAGCCCUAAUUAAUAGAAAGUCAUAAUACAUUGGGAAACCAAACUCCUCAUUACCAUGCUAUUAUUUCCCAUAAUUAGUGAAAGAUAGCAUCCACCCGUCUUCCUGUCAUGGCGUCCAUACUAAAGUACAGGUCUACCUACACUGGAUAAAUGCAGUCUGUUCUAUAUAACUUGAACCUUUAAAGUGCUUUGCCUUGAACAUUUGAAGUCCUUAUGACUACCACUGUAUUCUACUACCACUAAUGUCACAUUCAAACCCUGUCACGAUAAAUAUUGCAUAUAAAAACGUUUUACACAUCUUAACAUUACUAACAUUGUCACAUUAUUGUUUUGAAUUUCAGUUCAGUUCACGCUGCCUUAUGUAGUUUCAAUAAGCACUCAGGCUGCCACUCAUUAAGGCAUUUAAAAAGUGUUGUUUUUGUUGAACCAUCUUAGUGUGAUCCUUUACAGUCUUAAUCGUUGACAUGUGUUGCUACUCUCUGGUCAUUACUGUAAGCCCGGGUCACAACCUACCUGAAAACACAAGGCAAGGUACUGAGACAGUUAAUCAGCUAUAUUAAGUUCAUAUCUUUAUGUAGAGAUAUGUUACGUACAUACAGUUGAAGUCAGACGUUUACAUACACUAAGGUUGGAGUCAAUAAAACUAGUUUUUCAACCACUCCACAAAUGUAUUGUUAACAAACUAUAGUUUUGGCAAGUCAGUUAGGACAUCUACUUUGUGCUUGACAAGUCAUUUUUCCAAAAAUUGUUUACAGACAGAUUAUUUCACUUAUAAUUCACUGUAUUACAAUUCCAGUGGGUCAGAAGUUUACAUACAUUAAGUUGACUGUGCCUUUAAACAGCUUGGAAAAUUCCAGAUAAUGAUGUCAUGGCUUUAGAAGCUUACGAUAGGCUAAUUGACAUCAUUUGAGUCAAUUGGAGGUGUACCUGUGGAUGUAUUUCAAGGCCUACCUUCAAACUCAGUGCCUCUUUUCUUGACAUCAUGGGGAAAAAAAAAAAUCAGCCAAGACCUCAGAAAAAAAUUGUACACCAGCACAAGUCUGGUUCAUCCGUGGGAGCAAUUUCCAAACACCUGAAGGUACCACAUUCAUCUGUACAAACAAUUGUACGCGAGUAUAAACACCAUGGGACCACACAGCCAUCAUACCGCUCAGGAAGGAGACGCGUUCUGCCUCCUAGAGGAAACCGCCAUAAUCAAAGCCAUACUACGGUUUGCAACCCCACAUGGGGACAAAGAUGGUACUUUUUGGAGAAAUGUCCUCUGGUCUGAUGAAACAAAAAUAGAACUGUUUGGCCAUAAUGACCAUCGUUAUAUUUGGAAGAAAAAGGGGGAGGCUUGCAAACCGAAGAACAUCAUCCCAACCGUAAAGCACGGGGGUGGCAGCAUCAUGUUGUGGGGGUGCUUUGCUGCAGGAGGGACUGGUGUACUUCACAAAGUAGAUGGCAUCAUGAGGAAGAAUUAUGUGGAUAUAUUGAAGAAUUAUCUCAAGACAUCAGUAAGGACGUUAAAGCUUGGUCGCAAAUGUAUCUUCCAAAUGGACAAUGACCCCAAGCAUACUUCCAAAGUUGUGGCAAAAUGGUUUCAGGACAACAAAGUCAAGGAAUUGGAGUGGCCAUCACAAAGCCCUGACCUCAAUCUAAUAGAACGUGUGGGCAGAACUGAAAAAGCGUGUGUGAGCAAGGAGGCCUAUAAACCUGACUCAGUUACACCAGCUCUGUCUGGAGGAAUGGGACAAAAUUCACCCAACUUAUUGUGGGAAGCUUGUGGAAGGCUACCUGAAACGUUUGACCCAAGUUAAACAAUUUAAAGGCAAUACUACCAAAUACUAAUUGAGUGUGUGAACAUCUGACCCAGUGGGAAUGUAAUGAAAUAAAUUAUUAUCUUUACUAUUAUUCUGACAUUUCACAUUCUUAAAAUAAAGUGGUGAUCCUAACUGACCUAAAACAGGAUUUUUUUCCUAGGAUUAAAUGUCAGGAAUUGUGAAAAACGGAGUUUAAAUGUAUUUGGCUAAAGUGUAUGUAAACUUCCGACUUCAACUGUAUGUACUUGUGAACGACCAGUCCAGAAAUAGCCAAAGUAACAGUACUAUCUGUGAGACCUCAUUAGAGACAAUGUACCAUGUCAAUACAUCAUGAAUAGGCAUUUCACAUGCAGGUACAGAGUAAGCAACACAAGCACAUGCACAUACAGAAUAGGAUACUAGGCAGUAAUUUUAUAUGUCCAUUAACACAUAUUUAGAUAUUUCUUUAAGCAAGUCACUGAUGUUGAAACAUGGCAUUCUUAUUCAGAUUUUUUUUUUUUAAUUUUUUUGGGGGGGGGUCUCAUUGCAAUGUUUAUAUCUGUUAUUCUAACAAACCCCACACAAUUUAAAAUGUGGGUAAAAUAAACACAUUCUUAGCAUAGCCAGUACAUUCCUACAAUGUUUUUUUUCAUUGGGUCGUAUUGUGUACGAACCAAUGUGGUCAUGCUUUAAAUGACGUGUCAAACAUGACUUAACCCAUUAUGUCAAAUAUGACAUAAAUCUGUGCUUUAUAAAGGGUGGCAUAAGCACCUCUUAAUAAAGGCCAUAUAAGUCAUUCAAUUGCAUCUGCACAAAUAGGAUUUAUAACCCAUCUUGGUAGAGCAUUGCAACGCCAGGAUAUUGGGUUCGAUUCCCUAAUCUAUGGAUUUCACAUGACUGGGCAGGGGUGCAGUCAUAGGCUGGUAGCCAGGCCCUGCCAAUCAGACAGAAAUACUCCUGUUUCAUCAACUUUCCGGGUGGCUGGUCUCAGAUCCCGCAGGUGAAGAAGCCGGAUGUGAAGAGUCUGGCGUGGUUACACAUGGUCUGUGGUUGUGAGGCCGGUUGGACGUACUGCCAAAUUCUUUAAAGUAGAUUCUUCUACUUCUAAAAUAAUUUUGGUGACUUCACAGAAAUUGCUAGCUAUCUGACAUUUAGCUAGUGAGCAUGCUCAGCUAAAUACAAAUCCCCCUAGAUUUGGAACUGAAAGUGUAAUAUAAUAAUAUUAAUUCACUGGAGUUUCCCAUCUUCCCAUUUAGUUUCUGGCGCAGACAGAAAUGCCCUUAUCCAGAUGGUGUGACAAAGGCAUUUUCAAACAGACCUGCUAACUUUCUUUGUUGUUCCUUUUAAGGUUGGAACCAACAUGGAGUACCUCCAGUAGGAAGAGAUGCAAGAACCAUUCGUCUGCCAGUUCAGGGACAAGCUACACUAUUCACAGCAAUUACAUUGUAAUGUUCAAUGUAAUUGCAUUGCUGGACUUUUUGAAAAUUAAUGUAUUUGUAUUGCUUAAAACAUUUAUAAAUUAAAGGAAAUGUAUGGUUUAAACAGGUGUUGUUAGUGAUAAUUCCCAGUGUUAAUACAUUUGUGUUUACAUCGUUAAGCCUUUAUGUAUCUGUUAUGAUCAAAGGGGUCUGACUUUAUAGUAAGCAGAGCCUCAUAGGAUACAUGGCAUUUAUGUAUGUGUUAUAAAUUACCAAAGGGGUCUGACUUAAAAUUAAGCAGAGCCUCAUAGGGUACAUGGCAUUUAUGUAUGUGUUAUAAAUUACCAAAGGGGUCUGACUUAAAAUUAAGCAGAGCCUCAUAGGGUACAUGGCAUUUAUGUAUGUGUUAUAAAUUACCAAAGGGGUCUGACUUAAAAUUAAGCAGAGCCUCAUAGGGUACAUGGCAUUUAUGUAUGUGUUAUAAAUUACCAAAGGGGUCUGACUUAAAAUUAAGCAGAGCCUCAUAGGGUACAUGGCAUUUAUGUAUGUGUUAUAAAUUACCAAAGGGGUCUGACUUUAAAUUAAGUACAGAGAUAUAGUCUUUAUGGAUGUGUUAUGAAUGUCCGAAUGGUGUCUCACUUCAAACUAAGUAUUACAGGACAACAGUGUCAAUAAAUAUGUUAACGUUC